CGGCGGCCCGGCAAGCGGUCGGCCGCCCCACCGCAGGGCUGCGGCACUACGGGGCCGCAGGCGGGGAGGAUCGACAGGAGGAGGGGGAGGAGGAGGAGGAGCAGCUGCAAUGCGAGCUGUCAAAAACAGUGACAGUGUGUUGCCGCGGCAUCCCGCAGACCGCGCGUCCUGGCCGAGCAUCCCGCCGGCGCUCGGGUGCACCCGUGCCGGAUCGCGCCCCGCCCGUUUGCACGCGCCGCCGGAAGAGGGCGAGUGCUCCCUGCUCACCAGCGUGCACUCAAAGGAGCAAGGUGACAGGGAAGAGAAGGGAGGAGGAGGAGCCAGGAUCGCCAGAUUCGCGGCACGCCUUGUCCUCCUCCCGCGCGACGAGCGAACAACACACACCCAUACUAGAGGCCUCCUAGUAUGGGCGUGUGUUGUCCGUUCGUCAUCCCACGCUCACUUCUCCGGCAUCUCGAACUCGCCAUCGUCGACCAUCUGCGUCAGAGUGGCGGGCGCCGUGCCGUCCACCGUGCAGCCAACGGCCCGGCAGCUGCCAAGCACCUCCUCUGGUGCCAGAGAACUCCUUGGCCUGGCUCUUCUCCCUCAUCUGCCUCACGAUGUCGAAUAUCUGCUGCUUGGUCAGGUUCCCGGAGUGCUUGAUGUUCUUGGUCUUCUUGCGGUCGCGCAGGGGCUCCUUCAGGCUCUUGAUGAUGAGGCUCGUCGCGUUCGGUUCCACGUCGACCUUCGCCGCGCGGUUCUGGAUCGUCAGCCUGACCGUCACGCGGAUGCCCUUCCACUGCGAGGUGCCCUUCACGAUGUCGUCCCCGAUCUUCUUGGGAGACAUCCCCAGGGGUCCCACCUUCUUGACGAGCACAGACGAUGGCGCCUGCUCGCCGCCAUACUGCCGGAGCUUCACAAUCUUGACCUCGUUGGGAUCGAACUUGGGCGCCAUGGCAAGCGGUGCAGGAGGCGAGCCGGGCCUGCGAGGGAGGCCUGCCGAGCUGGCUGGGUCGGGGCGCUGUCUCGAGCCCUUGAGCCAAAAUGGCU